UCUUCUCCUCUUUUUUCUUCUCCUCUUUUUUCUUCUCCUCUUCUUGUCUUCCCCACUUCUCACACAUUACGGCCAUCCUCCCCUCCAUUUACUCCCUCCUCCGACCCCUUCCCCGCAUCGCGGGGCGCUUCGGUAAAUAACUUUAAUUUCUCUGGCGAAAUACUAACACCAAAAAUGAUCAACAAGGCAGCAGCAACAGCAGUUUCUGCCAAGAACAAAAAUGCAACUUUCCGAGGAGACCAAGGAGCGUAUUGUCAAAGCCGUUGAAGUUGGAAAGACCAUCACACACUAUGGUUGGAUUCCUUUGAUUCUCUGGUUGGGUUACACUCAAAGCAAGCCCAAACCCCAAUUGAUUCGUAUUAUCAAUCCUCUUGCGUAGUUGAGAAAACGGUCGCUUAAUAAAACGAAACUCCUUGCAAAGUCAUUGGUAGCAGUACAAUACGUUAGUGAUAGUAUUGGCUUUACAAUCGG